AUGGCCCAAAAUGUGUCGCACCAAAGUCCCAGUAAAGUGCUGGCGGUGUUUGUGUACGACGGUGUGCGUCUGGGCUCCAUCACCAGCAGCGGUCCGGUGGACCCGCACUCGCCGCUCAUCUACAGCCCGUACCGCCGCCGCGAGGUCUGGCGUCUGCUCUCCUACAUGCUGGUGCACGUCGGCUGGGUGCACCUGACCACCAACAUGGUGGUGCAGCUGCUGGUCGGCCUGCCGCUCGAGCUGGUACACAAGUGGUGGCGCGUGGGCGUGGUGUACCUGUGCGGCGUGCUGCUCGGCUCGCUGGCCACGUCCGUGCUGGACCCGCGCGUCUACCUGGCCGGCGCGUCUGGAGGUGUGUACGCUCUGCUGGCCGCCCACCUGGCCGACCUCGUGCUGAACUGGGCUCAGAUGGAGCUGGCGCUGGUGCGACUCGGCCUCCUGCUGUUGCUCGCCUCCACCGACAUCGGCGUCGCCAUCUACAACCGGUACGCCACCGGUCCCGACCAGAAGGUGGCGUAUACGGCGCACCUGGCUGGCGCCGUCGCCGGCCUGCUUAUCGGCCACGUGGCGCUGCGCAACCUGCGCCUGCUGCGCUGGGAGCGCGUGCUCUGGUGGAUCUCGCUCGUCACCUUCCUGCUGCUGGUGCUCAUCAUGGCCGUGUUCAACGCCGCCGCGCCCGAUGGCUACUACCCGGAGCAGGAAGUUUGA